AUGGCUUGUAGGAAUGAACAUUCAGAUGCUUACACAGAAACCACUGACGAAGAAGAAGAAGUAGCAGAAAAAGAGUACGAGGAGAACAUAUAUAGCGUGUGUAGUCCAAGUGGGAGAGCAAGAAUUGACCCGAGAUCUCCAUGGGUCCAAGAAUGGAACCGGGUUUUCCUGUUGGUGUGUGCGAUGGGUCUGUUCGUGGACCCGCUCUUCUUCUACACUCUGUCGAUUAGCGAGUCGUGCAUGUGUUUGUUCGUCGACGGGUGGUUCGCCGUCACUGUGACGGUGCUCCGGUGCAUGACGGACGCGUUGCACCUGUGGAAUAUAUGGUUGCGGUUCAAGAUGAAAAGGUCAUCUCCACUUGACGAACGCCGGUUCAGCACCGAUGAAUCGAUUGUACGGAACGUGCUGACGAGGUUGAUGACGGAGGCCAGAAACCGCUUCUCACUUGAUAUCUUCGUCGUCUUACCAAUCUCUCAGGUAGUAUUAUGGGUAGUGAUCCCGAGAUUGCUAGAAAAAGGUUCAACAACGGUUGUGAUGACAAUUUUCCUAAUCACGUUUCUCAUCCAAUACCUACCCAAGAUUUAUCACUUUCUUCGCCUCCUACGAAGCAUGCAAACUCACUCCGUCUACAUUUUUGGUACUGUUUGGUGGGGAGUAGCCCUCAACUUGAUCGCUUAUUUUGUCGCCUCUCAUGCUGUGGGUGCUUGUUGGUACUUGCUAGGAGCCCAGAGGACUUCCAGAUGCUUGAAGGAGAAAUGCAUGGAAACAAAUGGAUGCAUGCCAAGAGUAUUGACGUGUGAAAACUUCAUGUAUUAUGGAACAAACAAACUAGUGAUAAGAGACACGUGGAGACUCUUAUGGGGUGAGAGUAGAAGCACAAGGACUACUUGUCUACAAGGUAGCGACAGUUUCAGUUUUGGUGCAUAUAAAUGGACAGUUCAACUCGUUACCAAUGAGAGCAGAUUGGAGAAGAUACUCUUCCCCAUAUUUUGGGGUUUGAUGACACUAAGUACAUUUGGUAACUUGGAGAGCACAACAGAUUGGUUGGAAGUGGUUUUCAUUAUCAUUGUUCUCACGACGGGCCUCCUUUUAGUCACCAUGUUGAUUGGAAACAUUAAGGUGUUUUUGCAUGCAACGACAUCAAAGAAACUAGCAAUGCAGUUGAAAAUGAGAGACAUAGAGUGGUGGAUGAGGAGGAGACGCCUCCCUCAAGAAUUUAGACAAAGAGUCAGAAAUUACGAGAGAAAAAGUUGGGCAGCCAUGCGUGGAGUUGAUGAGUGUGAGAUGAUUCGCAACCUGCCUGAGGGCCUGCGAAGAGAUAUAAAGUACCAUCUAUGCUUGGAUUUGGUUCGACAGGUACCUUUAUUUCAACAUAUGGACAACCUGGUCCUUGAGAACAUAUGUGACCGUGUUAAGCCCCUUAUUUACACUAAUGGAGAAAUAAUUACUCGAGAGGGAGAUGCAGUGCAAAGGAUGUUAUUUAUAGUACGAGGGCAUCUUCAAAGUAGCCAAUAUUUACGAGAUGGUGUCAAAAGUAGUUGUAUGUUAGGCCCAGGAAACUUCAGUGGGGACGAGCUCUUAUCGUGGUGUCUAAAGAGACCUUUCAUUGAAAGACUACCUUCAUCAUCAUCAACACUAGUCACUCUCGAGACCACAGAAGCUUUUGGCCUAGAUGCCGAAGAUGUAAAGUAUGUUACACAACAUUUUAGAUAUACUUUUGUGAACGAAAAAGUGAAGAUGAGUGCAAGAUAUUAUUCACCAGGAUGGAGGACUUGGGCCGCAGUUGCGAUUCAAUUGGCUUGGAGGAGGUACAAGCAUAGACUUACACUUAACUCGUUGUCGUUUAUUAGACCAAGGAGACCUUUGUCUAGGUGUUCUUCACUUGGGGAAGAUAGGCUAAGACUUUAUACGGCUCUAUUGACUUCGCCAAAGCCUAAUCAAGAUGAUUUUGAAUUUUGAAUUCGUGAAAUUUAAUAGAUACAUAACGCCAUGUUGUAAACUAUAUGUAUGAUUACAAUCUGUUA